GGGGCAAACCAAGAGGUGCAGAAAGGAAUGAGAAUUUGCUGAGUGCUUCCCCCUCCUCUUUCCUCCUCUACUCUCUGACUCUCGUCUAACAGCGACAUCCUUCCUACCCCAGGUCAUUCUGCCUCUAACCAACCGUGACAGCUCCUUCUCCCACAGCCUCCCAGCAACUUGUCCCUCACAGCCAGAUGAACCCACAAAGAGCACGAAUAUUGUAUCUCUGCAUGGGAUUCUGGAUUCUAAUGGACUCAGGUUGGGCGGCCGACACUGGCCGAGUGUAUGUGGCACUGAAUGACCCAGUUCUGCUCAGUAUCCCCGGCUAUCCCAAUGCUGAGAGAGACCAGGUGACCUGGAAAGAUGGGAAAGGUAACACAAUGGGAAGGUUCAGGGACUCCUCAUCAUAUAAGCAGAUACCGGGCUGUGAGUGUGAGCUCUUCAGCAACGGCUCCCUGUACCUCAAGCGGAUGGGCACGGUGGGAGAUGAGACCUACAAGGUGGAAGUGCACAACCAGAAAGGAAACCUCAUGAAAACUGGCUCCAUCCCAGUGACUGUGAUUGAGAGAGUGAGAAGCCCGGUACUGAACCAUUCCUGCACUGGGAGGCAAAUAGCCCUGCGCUGUCAGGUACCAGAGGGGCCCAUUCCCACCAACAUGAAACUCUCAUGGAACGACAAAGUGACUGAGAAAUCCGGAACCCGAACCCUAGAAAUAACUGAUAAAGUGAAGUCUGGGAAACUCAGCUGCCUUGUCUGGAACCACCUGAGCCGAGCCAACCAAUCAAUGGAGAUCGAGUGCCCCAAAGAUACCCCAGGACUGGAUUUGUAUAUCAUGAUUGCAAUUGCGGGGGGCGCUGUCACCUUUUUGAUCUUCAUUAUUACCCUGAUUUACUUUGUGAGAAGAAGAUGUUGCCACCAAGAGUCAAGAAAUGGAGAGGAAGAAGGAUCUAUCUGCCUUGACAGACAUCCUCAUAUUCAGCAACGUCAGCUUCCAAGUCCUCCUACCCAGCAUGAUACCCCGGCCCAGCCUCCAGCGGACAUCCCAGACCACAAACAGAGACCAAAGAUCCCACCACAUGGGCCCCAAGCCCAGAACUGCCCACCGACUCACUCCAAGAGACCAGCACAUUCCAAGCAAAGAGGAUCCAAGUUUCCAGAACAAGCAUCCCAGCAACAGAAACACCAAACUCCAUCUCAGGCCCAAAGGCCUCCAAUCCCUGCCAACCACCCUUGUGACCAAACGCCCCACCCACAACCUCGUGACAAAUCCAAACCUCCCCGAAAGAACCGAAGGCCUCAAUAGCCAAAAUGAGAGGGUCAACGUGCAAUGCACUACAUACAUUAUAGAAAAGGGCUGGGCAGGAUCUUUGUUUCUAGGCAAAAAGUCUGUGGAGCCGUGACAGAGAGAAGUCAGAGAUGCUUUUAAUAUCACAGGGAGGUGCUAAUAUUAUGGAUUUAUGGGAAAGGGAAGGGCCAACCUGGAUAUAGAGUCAUGUGACAAUGAGCAGACAUUAUGGCUAUAGGCUGAUGAGGCAGAAAUGAAGGAUGGGUAGGAGUCAACUUGGCUAUUGGCUUAUGUUUGCUAGUACUAUUUAUGGCUUCAUUGAACAGGAAGGAGAAUGCAGAGUUAUGGAUUUAUGGUGCAAGGGGAAGCCAACAUUGGGGCAGGGAAGAGACAACAUGGCUGUGGACUCAUGGGGUUGUGAUAAAGCCAAAAUGGCUAUAAAAUCAUGUCAAUAGGAUGGGACUACCUUGGCUAUAAGUAUAUGGGAAUGGGAAGGAGUCAAACUAUGGACUCAUGAGGCAUAAAACUGGCUAUAAACUCACUGCAGUCAUAAACAGCCAACAUAGGUCAUAGGAUGGGGAGACACCAACAUGGCGUUGGUCUAACAGUCCCCAAGGGCAACAGAGUCACUGAGCUGGAGAUGGACUCCAUGAACUGAUCCAGUGCUUAACACUGGGAAACCCACACACACUGGCAGGAAUGUAUAGUUCUACUUGCACAGAACCACUAAAGUACCCAGCACUUGGUAUUCAUACAGUACAUCAGGGGGCUAAAGGUUAAUAAUCUCUGGGGGCAGAUAAACCUAACUGUGAAGGCAAGGGGUCCACACAUUAUGGCCUUGGGAGCUGAUAUCAUUGGGGACAUGGUGAGGUUGAAUGAAGAGGUGGGGCUUGGGGAGGUUAGUUGAGGUUAAUAAGAUGGAGGAACUUAUGAAGCUGAAGGAGAAAGUUCUACAGAAACCAAAAGAGGAAUAUCCAUGCAAUGGGACCCAGUUCAGCUCUAAUACAAAAUAUACCGGAGCUGGAGCUGCAGCCAGAAGCAUCAGGUGCCUCAAGGGGUAACGUUAGGUACAUACCCAAGGGGUAACGUUAGGUACAUACCCAAGGGGUAAUGUUAGGUACAUACCCAAGGGGUAACGCUAGGUACAUACCCAAGGGGUAACGCUAGGUACAUACCCAAGGGGUAACGCUAGGUACAUACCCAAGGGGUAAUGUUAGGUACAUACCCAAGGGGUAACGCUAGGUACAUACCCAAGGGGUAACGCUAGGUACAUACCCAAGGGGUAACGCUAGGUACAUACCCAUGGGGUAACGUUAGGUUCAUACCCAAGGGGUAACGUUAGGUACAUACCCAUGGGGUAACGUUAGGUACAUACCCAAGGGGUAACGUUAGGUACAUACCCAAGGGGUAACGUUAGGUACAUACCCAAGGGGUAACGUUAGGUACAUACCCAAGGGGUAACGUUAGGUACAUCCCCAGGCAGAGCUGCGAGUAAGGGGCUGCCACCACUUCCUUUAUGGGGCUACCAUUGGCUCUGGACCUGGAAAUACUCAGGGUCAUUCUGCCGGGUCACACUGUAUCUUGGUUUGGAUUAAUCUCUAACUCCAACAGGUUGGAUGCUCAGGGCUGCAGUUCAGCUACAUCUGGGGAGCCAUGGAUGGCAUGAUGGGGCAUCUUAUUGGCACCCAAGGUCACACUGGAAAGCUUGAAGGUCAUUUCAGGUCCUACUAAUAAACAGUUACAUUGACGAUAGAAGUGAAAUU